UGCCAUCUACUGGUCAGACAAAGGUCAACAAACCAGCGAUGGAUUUCACCUGUAGUGUAGCAUAGGCGUUUUCAAAUAGAUUGAAUUCAUUUUCCCUAAGUCAAUGUUUUUACCUUCUACAAUUGAUUUUAAAGUAAAUUCCUUCUUACUAUGCAACAAUACAUAGCAAAUAUAUAUUCAACUGAAUGUUUUUCAAAAUAAAAAGCGAUCUUUUGCAGUUCCCUACUGUGUGUCAGGGAGGGUCCCUUUCAGAUACGUGCGAGUGCCCGGUCACAGUGACGGGGACGUGCACGUAGCUGUCAGAAGGAAAUGAAGGAGGCUGCUGCUGCUUCUGCUGCUGCUGGUGAAUGUGUCCCUGUGUCGCUGUGAAGAGAUAAAUUCAACAAAGAAACUCUCGGUGUUUUCACUGGACGAAGACCGUUAUUCAGGGAGCAGAUUAAAUGUGAUGACUGUACACUGCCUGCACGCCUAACGAUAGUACCGGGUACGUUUUUCUGCCUGGCUACGGCUAACAACGAUAGUGCUAACAGAAACAGUGGAUGGAAAAAGCUAAAACUUAGCUGCUAGUAACUUAGCCUAGCUUACUGUCCCACUGCAGGACUCCUGCUCCUCACUCCGUCCAGCUCUUGUUCCAGUUGUGUGAUUUCAUUUUACGGAGGAGGCAGUGAAGGCGGAGCUGUGGCGGGGGGGGCCAGAGCUCAGGAAGCCCCUGGCUGACCAGGCGGGAGGACCGUAGUGACACACGCCGGUGGUGGAAAAGAUCAGAACAGAACCAUGGCUGAUAUCUCCACCUUAUCACCAACUACACUGGCUGAUCCUCAAGCAGCUCCCUCUGUCCCUACAUCCUCAGCUGCUCACCCUGCUUCCAGCAUCACUGCUGAUGACUCUAAACCCAAGUCUGCCCUCUACAAUGACAAAGCUCUGACUGCUAACACUCCUGCAGCACAGUUUGCAGCUACAGCCACAUCUCCACGCCCACUCCUAAAUCCUCAAAAAAUCAAUGCCGACACACCCCACCCAUCACUGGUACAUGAGAAUGCUUCGCAGGGAAAGGAAUCGACAGGGGAUGGUAUCAACAUGUCCAUUGACCCAGCUGUUGGAAAGCUCACAAAUACUGAAACAGAGAACCCAGCAACAUCAAGUGAGCCAUCUGCUCAGACUGAAGCACAACCAACGUCUCCAUCUCCUGAUCUCAGUUCUGGUCCCAACCUCUAUCCAAAUGUGCAUGUCACCCUAAAUCCAAAUCCCAUCACAGAUGCUGGUCAGUUUACAGCAGGCCAGACUCAAACCCCUGCAGAUUCCACUCUACCACCCACGCUUGCAGCAUCCUCAAACACCUUGGUAUCAGAAAUGACUGCAGAGGAAGAACCUCAGCCACCACAACAAGCACAAAACCCUCAAAGUCAGUCUCCAUCCCUGUCUUCAAAGCAUGAUGACCCUAAUGAUAGCAGGAAAGCAGAAUUGCCCAACACCUCAACCAGAGGUGAGCAUCCCAGCCCGACUGUACCACUGAUCCAAGAACCAGUCUGUGCACUUCCACUGCACUUCCCAAAUCCUCGCCCGGCACCCGACACGCUGAGUUACCUGGAGUCAGCCAGCCUCAUGUCAGGAACCUUAGAGUCACUGUCUGGGUUGGGAGAUGACGGCAGCUCUGUGGGCUCUGACUCGGAGAUCAAUGGCUCAACUAUUCGACGCACGGACAAAUAUGGCUUCCUUGGUGGGAAUCAGUACAGUGAAAGCAGUGAAAAAGAAAUCCGAGUAGAAGUUGCUCGUCAGAGGGAGAUGAAGUGGCUUGACAUGUUCAACAACUGGGAUAAGUGGAUCAAACAUCGCUUUCAGAAGGUGAAGAUUCGCUGCAGGAAGGGAAUUCCAUCUUCACUCAGGUCCAAGGCCUGGCAGCUACUGUCAAACAGCCAAGAUCUUCUUGAUGCCAACAGAGGGAAAUUUGAGGAGCUGGAGAGAGAGCAGGGUGAGGCCAAAUGGCUGGAUAUUAUAGAAAAAGAUCUCCACAGACAGUUCCCCUUCCAUGAGAUGUUUGCUGCCCGUGGUGGUCAUGGACAACAGGAUUUAUACCGCAUCCUAAAAGCCUACACCAUUUACCGACCUGAUGAAGGAUACUGUCAGGCUCAGGCUCCUGUGGCUGCAGUGCUGCUCAUGCAUAUGCCUGCUGAGCAAGCCUUUUGGUGCCUGGUCCAGAUAUGUGAGAAAUAUCUACCUGGUUACUACAGUGCUGGGCUGGAAGCGAUCCAGCUUGACGGCGAGAUUUUCUUUUCCCUAUUACGACGCACGUGUCCAAUGGCGUAUCGUCACCUGAAGAAGUUCAAGAUCGACCCCAUACUUUACAUGACCGAGUGGUUCAUGUGCAUCUUCUCACGGACGUUACCAUGGGCCUGUGUGCUGCGUGUGUGGGACAUGUUCUUCUGCGAAGGAGUGAAGAUAGUAUUUCGCGUGGGUUUGGUGCUACUGAAACAAAUGCUCGGCUCUGUGGAUAAACUUCGGGAACUACAGGGAAUGUAUGAAACCAUGGAGCGUCUGAGAAACAUUUCACCUGAGAGUGUCAGAGAGGACCUCAUCGUACACGAGAUUAUUAGUCUCCCCGUGACAGAGGCCCUCAUUGAGAGGGAAAGCAGCAUCCAGGUGAGAAAAUGGAGGGAGUCUAGGGGGGAGCUGACACAUCAGCCCGUUCGCCGCCUGCACGGUACGAGAGCAAUCUUUGAGCAGAAGCGCCGUGCUGCCUCCAUCAGCUCUGGAGGAAGUUUCUCUUUCCUGGGCAGUCCGGUUCCUCCACCAGGACCUCUCAGAGCCUCCUCCAGCCUCCUGUCUCUCCCGGGCUUCCGCAAAUCCAAGACUCCUUUUCAUUCUCAAAGCAAGAAGGGCUCCUUCUCUGGUCCUUCAGGAUUAGAGGGUCUACCACCUCGGUCACCGCCUGCAGUGACAACAAGCCCAGCUAGGGGCCCCAGCCAUAAACCCCCUAUUCCACCAGGAGCAGGGCAGAAGGGGCUGGUGCCUCGUAGUCAGAGCCCAUUAGCUGGAAAUGUAGCAGCGCCAUCACAUGGAGCUGCUCAGGCCUCAGAACCCCCGUCAGAACAAGGUCAACCUGCAGCUGCAGCCCCAACACCUAACCUGCUCUCCCCUUCACCCAGAGUUGUGUCAGAGGAAAUCACUCCCACCAUACCGUCACCUACAGCAAACAAUGCCCCGCUGCCCCCGUGUCCAGAUUCUAAAAAAGAAGCUUUGCCAGUGACUGAUAACACACCUGGAGAGGAAGAAGGAAAGAAGAAGAAGAAGAGCAAAGAAGACAAGAGGAAAGAUAAGGAAGAUGAAAAGAAAAAACUGAAGGAGAAGAAGGAGAAGGAAAAAGCUGAAAAAGAGAGGCUGAAGAAGGAGAAGGAAAGGCAAGAAAAGGAGAAGAAGAAAGGGGGGAAGAAAAAAGACAAAGGAGGACGAGGAGGGGGAGCAGGGGCAGAGCCUGAAGACAAAAAUGGAGCCACGGCAGCGAAAGAUUUGGCCUAGUUUUCAUGCCAUCAUUCCAGGAUAAUGAAAAGGGAGGCUGAAGAGGAAGAGAGAGGUCCGGGGAGGAAAACGAACCCCAAAACAAAAGAGUGAUUAAAUGAAAUAAAAAAAUGGUGGCUUCCUGUACAACAAAACACUUCAAAGACCUAAUGUGUGAAAAAACUGGAAUCUGGUUUUAACAGCACCUCAGGGGUCAUGUGGCCCCUGAUUUCUGUUUCAGCCACUUUUAGUAGGAUGAGACAUUUCCCUUUGUCAACUGGAGCAGGGCUGUGAAUCUGAAAAUAAUUUCCAGAAGAUCAGCCUCUUUUUUUCCCUCUGUUUUAGUUUUUUUUUUUAAUUAUUUUUUCUUGUUUAAAUCAGAUCGAUGGCAACGAGUUGAGAAGCUUGGACUUGAGGAUUUGUGCUUGCAGAAGUAGUUCUGGUGCCAUAGAUGAUGUAAAUAAACAGUCUCCCUGUAGUACAUAGGAUUUUUUAAUCACUCCAUUCUCCCACCAGUCUCAUCUGUGGACAAGUGAUCUGGACGACUGGAAGAAAGAAAGAAAAAAGAAAUGUAAGAAAUCCACAGAGAGAAAAAGCAGGCACCGACUCAGCCCAAGCCAACUCAUGUCUUGAGUUCUAAUAAUGUUGUGGAGGAUGUAUUUAUUGUCUUAAUUGUUAAAUGUUGUGACUGAAUGAGUGUGUGCGUGAGUGUGUAUGUGUCUCAGUAGUGUAGUGUAAUAUGCUACAGUUUAAAGUGUGGUCUUCCUGUUUUCAACUCUCCCUCUGCCUGCUCUUUUCACUCGACUCAACCAACCAUGAUAGAUUCAUGUGAUUCUCCCAAAACCUUACAUUCAAGGGUGACAAAAAAACAAAGAAAUUGAAAAAUGCAGUGGUGUGUAUAAGUCUUGAGACAACUGUUUUAUGAAAAAAGUCACAAUGUACAUAGAAAGUAUUUCAUAGAAAGUGCUUUUAAAAUCCUCAGAUUAUGGCACACCUCAUUUUUCAAGACAGAUUAGUGGUUUAGGUUAAAGUUGGUUCCCAAAACUAGUGGAUGAAAUGGAGCACUAAACCUUGACAGAGCCUUCAGACAGUCUUGAAUGUUUUUAGAUUUUUGAUGUAUGUUUCUCCUGAAUUUUACAUCUGUGUAAUUCCUCAUCCAUAAACUCUUGUAUUAUUUGUCUUUUGGUAAAACCACCCCUUUUUUUAGCUAUGUUUUUCUAUUUCAGAAUACUUGUUAUCCCCCUUUGUUGAGAUCAAGAUUAAAAUAUUUUAUUCAUUACGCUGAAGAACGUAUUAUCUAAAGAUAAAGCAUGGCUUUAUUUUCUGGUAAUUGUUUCCGACACUGUGUGUUUGGAAACAUUAGAAAGUUACUGGUCAGGAUGACAAACUGAUCUGUCGGACAGAGAAAAGAAAAAUCCCUGGAUGCACAGAGGGAAAGAAUUGGUUAAAGAGAAAAAGAAAACUUCCAAAGGACUGCAUGUGGAAAUAAAUAUUUGAAGUGUGAGGUUGCUCAAGACUUAUAGACAUCACCUAUUUCUAGGUUGAGAUGCCAUAUUGGUCCUCAGUCUGAGGAAGUGCCCUUGAAAAAGCAGGUUUAAAAAGAAAACAUAAUCCCACGUGACCUGGGAACCCAACAGUUCAUCAAUGACAUUAGUGUUAUUGAGCUUUUUACAGGCAGACUCAAAUUUAGUUAAAUUAGCCUAAUUUCAUUUAUUAACUCUUUAGAAAGUGUUUUUUUUUUUUAGAAAAUGAAGGAUGAUUUUUUUUUCUUGCACUUGUGAUUCUGUCACAAAGCACCACUGAAGUGUCAGUGUAGAGGUGCACAGGACACGUGACCCAUAGGAAGCCACUUGACUGGAGGUGCCAUUGUAGCAUUAACCUCGUUAAGAUUUGGGCUCUGUAUUUAUGUACAAAGUGGUUAAUUUAAUCAAAUAUAGUAUAUUACGAAUUAUUAUUAUUAUUAUUUUGGAUCUGAGUAUUUUUUUUAAGUGUGUAUAAAAAGAAGCCUGGCUGACUGGAACGAUGGCUGACUACGCAGUGUAGCAGAAGUGGGAUCAUUUCAAGUGUUUGCUCUUUUCUUUGCACGUCAGAUUAGACACGACUCGCUGUCGCUCAGUUUUGGUGUCACCGUUGGUUUUGGUCAAACUUAGGUUCACGAGUCUCCUGUUUAUUGAAGGGCAGUAUUAAAACCAACUGGAGUGCGAGGGCAUGGAGCGGGGGGAGGUGCUCCAAAAGAACAAACCCGGGAAGAACGACAGAACAUUUGGGAGAUCAAAGUCUUAAUGUCUGACACCAAGAGUGGAGUUUUGAACUUUAUAAUAGUUCUCCAUGAGAGAUCUACAGUACGUCUGUUCCAUUUGGUCGUCUUGUUACAUUCAUAAUGACUAAUGAACUCUUUAACCUAUUUACACUCACUGUCCUGUACUGUAACAUAUUUAUGCAUUAAUCAAUGGGCCCUGAAGCCCAUCAGCGCAUCGCAAGCGGUGCCAGGUAAUAAAUGUUACAAACAUUUGACGACAUAAACAUGAUGUUCUUUAACCGUACUGUUUCCUAUUGGUUGAGGAUUAGAGGGACUUUUGUGUGACUGUAGCCAAUGUGUCCUCUGAUAUUCACUGUCUCUACUUCUCCAGCUCAUCACAUGAUGAUACACAAACACACACACCACAUUUCUAAUCCUCGGUGCAUUUGUUGCUGAGGAUAACCUGAACACAUCUAUGCAAUCCUUCCUCCAUUGUGACAGUUGACUGCGUGGUGAUGGCGGCACUGAGGCCAACUUUAGUCGUGCGCUCACCCAGGGAAAAUGAAGUUUGUGCUCCACGCAGUGGAUGUUUUGUGUCAUGCCCACUUUCCAAAACUCAAACCCCCCAAAUUGCACUUUUCAGGAGCAAGAGGUACAAUAGCCGAUGAGCAAUACAUCCUCACAGCUCUUGCCUGAUGAUGUCAUCUGUCGUCACUCAAGAUUUCUUGACCUUUUGGUGUUCUGAUUUCAUCCCCACGGAAUCAGCACUUAGAGGUAGUCGCUGUUGAGGACGAGUCUACAGAGGCCGUUUCUAUCUGGUCCCUGACCUUGAAGAUGUCCUUGACUACAUUUCAUUGGUGAUGAGCCGACUGAUGCAAAUAUAUAAAAAAUAGAAAAGUAUUUGAGCUCUUUGUCCCUCCCCUUGUCAUUAUGUCUGUACUUUUUUUUUUAAGUUUACAUGUCACUCUAACGGAAGUGAGAUAAAAUCAGCUAAUUGAAUUCAUUCCUUCAGAUCUACAGCUGUUGUAUUUAAUUGAUGAUAAUGACGUUUGUGAUGAGUAAUAAACCAUAAUAUAUUAAA